GCCAACAUCGUGGUCGUCUAGUUCGUCUCCUCGCUCGCUCUUCUUGAGUCCAGAGGGAAGGUAAUUUCCCAUGAAAAUUACUUUUAGCUUAUUUUUAGAUGUUUUAUUGCUACAUUUUUUAAAGCAAUGGAGAACGAUAAACGAAAUGGGGUGUCAGACUGCACUAAGCAACCUAAAAAUCAUACCGAAAACAAAGACUCUAGGGCUAGGCCUACGUUCGCACUGGUCAGCUACAUUCUUGCUCUACGACCGUGGUCGUUCAGCGCUUCAUUCACACCGGUUGUUCUUGGCAGUGCCCUAGCCUACAAGGUAACCAACAUGUGGAACCUUCACCUGGCUUUUAUAGCCUGUGUGGCUGUGUUAUCUGUACAUGGUGCUGGGAAUCUGGUAAAUACUUACUGUGACUUUGUAAAGGGAAUCGACAGUAAACGUAGUGACGACAGGACGCUGGUAGAUGGCAUAUUAAAACCGAACAACGUUGCCACGUUUGGAGCUGUAUUAUAUGCGUUGGGAUGUUUGUGUCUUGCUGUUCUUGUCUUCAUCUCGCCAGCUAAAUUGGAACAGAUUGCUCUUGUGUUUUUUUGUGGACUCUCAGGAUCGUUUUUAUACACAGGUGGCAUUGGAUUUAAAUACUUUGCUUUAGGAGACGUAGUGAUUUUGAUAUCAUUCGGUCCGCUUGCUGUCAUUUUUACUUAUCUUGUUCAAGUCGGCCAUUUUUCACUUGCUCCUCUUUUAUAUGCUAUACCAUUAGCAAUGAACACAGAGGCGAUUCUGCAUAGUAACAACACAAGAGAUAUGCCUCUAGACAAGAAAGCUAAAGUUGUAACAAUUGCCAUACUUCUUGGAAAAACUGGUUCCUAUGUUUUAUACAGUCUUCUUUUAUUUGUUCCAUACU